UGAAAGUGAAGAGGCUAACGAAACCUUUCUCUGUUAGAAUAUUGAAGGUUAUUGGAUUCAAUCCUUAACCAACAUUAUUCAACCUUUUGGGAGAAAGGGUUUUCUUUAUAAUCAUCCUUGUCCUUGGUUUUCUCCUACCAUCAGGACUAGUUUCUCGAAUUUUUUGGUUGGAGGAAAGGAUACAAGGGAGAAAAUGGCAUCCCUCCCUGAUAUUGAGAAAGGUGGUCGUGAUGGAAAAGAAGGAUCUGAGGUGCCACUUCUGGAGAAAAAAGAUGAUUCGAACAGGCUAUAUAUGGUUUUUCUUUCCUCAGCAAUUGCUGUUUGUGGCUCUUUUGCAUUUGGAUCAACUGUUGGAUAUUCAUCACCAGCCCAGUCUCCCAUUAUGGAGGAACUCGGAUUAUCUUAUUCUCAGUACUCAAUUUUCGGAUCCAUACUGACAAUUGGGGCAAUGAUUGGUGCCCUUACCUGUGGUACAAUUGCGGAUGCAAUAGGCCGAAAAGGGGCCAUGCGACUUUCAUCAAUGAUCUGCACAGCUGGAUUGAUGGCAAUAUAUGUGGCCAAGGGGCCUAAUAUGCUUUACUUGGGGAGAUUUCUAUCAGGUUACAGCGUCGGCAUUUUGUCUUACGUAAUUCCUGUCUUUGUUGGUGAAAUUACGCCAAACAAACUACGAGGAGCUAUUGGAUCUUCAAAUCAGCUUUUUAUCGUCGCCGGCUUGUCCACAAGCUAUGUAGUAGGGGCAUUUGCCGGAUGGAGGACUCUGGCUUUAUGUGGACUUGCUCCAUGUGUUCUUCUGUUCUUUGGACUCUUUCUGAUUCCAGAAUCUCCAAGAUGGCUGGCUAUGUCAAGACAAGAAAAAGAGUUUGAAGCGGCUCUAAGGAUACUUAGAGGACCGCAAGCUGACAUUUCUGAAGAAGCCGAUCUGAUCAAGGAGAAUGUAACCAGUCUUAGGCUACUCCCCAAAGUCACCGUGAUGCAUUUGUUUGAUAAAGCUAAUAUACGUGCAGUCAUAAUAUCCGUUGGUCUAAUGGCAUUUCAGCAGUUAGUGGGAAUUAACGGAAUUGUUUAUUACUCCAACUAUAUUUUCCAGUCGGCAGGCUUUAAUCCCACCGUUGGAAGUAUACUUUUUGCGGUUAUACAGGUUAUUGUGUCCGCAGGAACUGCAAUCUUAAUUGAUAGGACGGGCAGAAGACCCCUCUUGCUGAUGUCCGCUUCUGGCUUGCUUCUUGGUAGUUUGCUUAUUGCAAUGUCCUUCUUUCUCAAGGCACAUGAACUUGCAAUCCAUUUGGUACCUCAUCUUGCAAUAAUUGGUGUUUUGGUCUAUAUUGCCUUCUUUUCCAUAGGGAUGGGUGCAGGUCCAUGGCUUAUCAUGAGUGAGGUAUUCACAUUGCAUAUUAAAGGUCUGGGUGGUGGGCUAGUGACAUUUAUGAAUUGGUUUGGGUCAUGGCUGGUGUCUUACACUUUCAACUUCCUCAUGUUAUGGAGUUCAUCCGGUACAUUUUUCCUUUAUGCAUCCAUGUGUCUGCUUGCCAUAAUAUUCAUAUUCAAAAUGAUCCCAGAAACCAAAGGGCGAACCCUAGAAGAAAUUCAUGCUUCUUUGACAUCAAACUAGAUUCAACUUACUCUCUCUCUCUUUCUGUCUCGCCCGGUCGAGUAUCGAAGGGGAAGAAGAAGAAGAGAUAGAUGUUGUUUAGGAGCAAUAGCAUGCUUAAGAUAUUUUCCUAUUUUGAAAAACCAAAGUUCUGACUAGGUUCUAGCUUUAUUCAAACAAUUAGCCUAAGAUCAUUGAGUACGACGUCUGUAAUUUAUUUCAUGCUAGAUGAAAUUCA